AUGUGGAAUGCAGCCGGUAAUAACAUGGUCGUGGGGACGGACAUGACAGUGGAUACAUCAUCUACAGCUACAAACUUGUUUACUGUAACUUCGACCGGCCAAAUCAAACUCCAGCAGCCAGUAUACACUAGCUUCAAGGGUAAAAGCUACAGUACUUCUCUUCUACUCUAUGUAGUAUUAUUAGCAGAGAAUUAAUCCCGAAUCAAUUAUUCACUACUCCCUGAAUUAAUUUGAGUUAUUCUGUUAGCAUCCUAUCCGAGAAUAGUUUAAGCUGAAGUAAUAAAAAAAAAUUCAAAAACAAAAACAGAAGGAAAAAAAAAACGAAUAAGACUGAAACAAACAACAGCAGCAGCAGCGGCGGCAGCAAUUAAAACAACAACAGAAAACAAUUUUGCAAAAGGCUUAAGGUGCCUAAACAAGUGAAGGAGUUCUUAAGUUAAAGCAACGUGUCUUGAAUGAAGGUUAAGUUUUAUCAGUGAAGGUUACUUAGGGAACUUCCCGGUAUCAUGAAAUCAAUAAAAUGCGUAACACUGGGUUAUUCUGAGCACACACCUUAUACAUGAUGUGGAUAGCUUUCAAGUACAGCUGGCUUCUUCUCAACUCCCCCCUGCACUUACUCCAUGAAUUAAUUACCGAACAUGUUCCAUAAGAAUGUCCGCUCCCUGCUUGACGAUUGGCAGGAGAAAAAUUUCUUGGCGACAAUUGUUGCCCAGCGGCUCUUCUUCAAGUGGGUUGAAAAAUGAAAUAUCAGUGCCGUCUAUUUUCAGUAGGUCUAGCCUCAGGAAAUAUGAGCUGAGGCGAUGCAAGCUUUCUACUCUUCUUCGUCUUUCCAUUUGAUUUGUAUAUACUGCGUAGCAAGCUAGUCAUUCUCCCAAAAGGUCAAAAAUUUAAUUUGUAAACUACAUUUAUCCACAAGAUUUUCAACUGGAUGAGUAUGUUGUAUGAUAAGCAAUGAUUUUGUCCGCAAAUAUUCCGCUCAGGCUGGCUUUUCCCAGGUACUUCGAGAAUCCCUUCUAAAAAAGACAAAUUGCUGACACCCAUCUAGGACGUAAAUUAAAAUGUCGUGUUGUUUUAAGGUUCAUGAACCACGAAUAAUCAAUAUUUUCGUGCCAGGAGAAGAUACUUGCCUUAUUUUACACCGAUAAAUCGUAUGCAGUAUGAAGGUAAACUUUGGGCAGUAGACAGUUACCAAGUAUGGCAGCUUCUGUCGGAGGGGUCUGCUCCACAUCAUUUAAAAAGGCGUUAAGUGUACGUACAUCAUAUUUGCUUUGUUGGAACUAACUUAGUUUUAAAAUUCUGCUAAAGCCCUUCUAGAUAACUACAUUUUAGACGAGACAAAGCCGGAAAUUCCUGCUUCUCAGAAGUCACAAGAGGAAGACAACUUUAUCAACACUAUCGCCGUCGAAGGAGGUCCCGUAGAUAUUGCUUUUAAAUAUCUAAAGACGAAUGGAAAGACUACAGCAACAGUAAGAUUUUUUUUGGAAUGUUUUGUCUUCCUCCUUCUCCGAAUUAUACGAAGCGUGAAGGAAGCGUUGUGCGGAAGCCAUCCUCGAGCACCUUUCCAUAUCACGCACUGACUUGGCUCAGUAAUUAACCUCUUCUUCCAACCUUUCUUGAAUGCGGCAUUUCACUGUGCACCAGUCUCCCUCAACCCCAGCCACCGCCUUGAAGCCGGCGAAGGCGCUACAUAUUUGAUUAUUAUUGAUGCAGCAUUUGAAAUUCGCCACCGCAAGCAACAAGUAUUAUAUAACCCUGAAACUUUAAAGAGCACGGCACGAACAAGACAAGGAUGGACAAAAUGAAAAAAAAUAUGUAAAACAGGUUAUAGAACUGUUAAGCCGUCCGUUGGCCCUUGUUAGUACAUGUUAGUAGAUAAAUGUCUGUUGUUUUAAACUUUGGAUCACAGCAUCCUUUUCUGUCUCGUAGAUGUGGUAUUAGAAGCAAUUUCUUUCAUAAGUUUAGCAUUUUGGCUAGAAACUCAUAGUAACAAAAUUGAUUUAGCCGAAACUGUCCCGUCACAGCUGUUGAAGGUUAAACUAACAUAAUUUUCAGGUUGCUUGUCUCUAGACUACAUGUUUCACUAAUUUAAAUUUUUGACUGUUUGUGGUGUCGUGUUUUUUGAAAACUCCAAUAGGACCUAAACGCUUUUAAGGCAGCAUUGAAGACGAUGUGGUUUACUAAAUACGCAAAAGGAGGAGGCGUACCGCAUUAUUCUGGAUUUGAGCAUACAUUUGUUGGUGAGCACAUUGCCAAAUAAAGAAUCGGUUUUGAGGCCAUCGAAAUGUAACCUUCCCCAUCCACAUCCAGUCUCAUAAACCACACAAAAUCCUUUAUGAUUUUGUAUAAACCUAGGGCUUAUAUUAAAACCUAAAUGUUUUGAACUUUUGACUGCAAACUUUUUAGUCUUAAUCAUCGAUCAUACAAAACCUCGAUGUAAAAUGCGUUAUAGCCUCUGCCAGCCACUCGGUCAGUGCAGACGAGCGAAAAAUGCAGGCGAGCCUUAAAAAAGCGAGCGAGCGAAGGAUAACGGUAGGAGAGAAGGGGAAAGCCUGCAAGCAUCUCACGAAUACCGCACAGUCUGCCCACUUGCAGAAAAACCGUUUCUUGUAUCAAAAUGACAAAGUUAAAAUGUCAAAAUGUGCGUGUAGGAGGGUUUCGCGCGCUCGCUGCGAUUUUUCUUUUUCUCUGCGUGAGCGAAGCUAAACCGUAUUGAUGUGGUUGACAUAAACUGUCAAAAUUGACCAAUCAUAUAGGGUAUACUAGGAGCUGGUGGUAUUCCGGAAUGAGGUAUUGAAAACAAACUAGCAAAUAGAGACUAAUUUAAACUUUUAACCAUUUUUGGUCUGUACUUUUUCCUGACGUCAAGUUUUGUGGAAUUACGCUAUGGCAAGCGAAGAUAAUGUAGGUUAUGGUCUAAUUUCACGCCAAAACAGACUGUACCAAAGACGAAGUAAGAAUACGUCAAGACGGUUUGCGAAACAGAAAUUCGGCUAUUUCGUAUUCGGAUAGCCAAGAACUUUGCCUGGAAACGAGGUUGCUAUUUUAUAUACCUUCGAAUAGGUUGGUUAUUGCCUUUUCAAAUGUGGUAAGCGCCACGUGGCUACAAAGAAUUUAGCCGGGGGAUUUGAGCCAAUCAGAAACGGUGAAAUAUUUUGGGUUAUAGUCCCUUGUUACUUCCAACUAUUGAAAGGAGACGUUCGACUGGCCAGAGAUCUUUUAAAUUACAUACACACACAAGAAAACGAAAAUAAAAUAAAGACAAACAUCAUCAUGUUAACAAAUCUAAUACGUUUAGCAAUGCGGUCUCAAGGGAUAAUAAAGUAAUGCUUUAUUUAAAAUCCUGGACUACCCCAAUGUCUGUUAAAUGAGGACGUUCUUGCAUAAAUUACUUCAUCAGGUGAACUGGGCGUCGGCAGCGGAGGGACAACGGUAGUGAAAGGUCUUCACAACUGGUACCAGUUUCUUCUAGAACAGACGGCAGGUAGAUUGGCUUACUCUCCACCCCCAAAGAAUGUUGUGGAUUCGACUAAAAAGGUAAGGGUUUAAUCAAAAGAAUAUUAUAGUAUCCUAACAUGGUCAAUGGAGAGACACUUCACUAAAACAUUCUAUCCUUCACUAGAACUUCGGAUUGUUUUCGGUGAGUCAAUGUCUCUCUCGACAUCUCCCUCACGUUACACGGCCUCAUGAUCAGUCAGGGGAGUUUGCGAAAGAGACAACUCGCACAUGCAGGAUAGGUGAAACUUCCUCUGAUUUGUAGAAGUAGAACAUGAUGCGUUUUUUGCAUCAGAUGGAAAAUCCUAGGCCCAGAUGGGAUUCGAACCCACGACCCUCCGUGAUCUAGUCAGAUGCUCUAACCACUGAGCUACUGGAGACUCUACGGCGUACAAGGGUGAAAGUAGGUCUUUGACUAGAACUGCAUCACGCAGUCACAUAGUCAAACCAGGACAAGCACGUAUGACUCAUGAAUAACUGCAUCAUGCAGUCACAUUAAGGUAUCGUAGAUGCAACCACCACAAAGUGAGUCUUUUCUUGUAGAAGUAGAACAUUAUAUGUUUUUUUUUACAUCAAAUGGAAACUCGGAAAAAAUCCGAGCCCCAGACGGGAUUCGAACCCACGAACCCACGACCCUCCGUGAUCUAGUCAGAUGCGUUAACGACUGAUCUACUGGGGAACUCAAUGGAGAGCAAGGGUGAAACGUGGGUCUUUGACUAGAACUGCAUCACGCAGUCAGUGCGGUGGCUUAUUAUAUUUUGCCUGAUCUUGCCCCAUAUUAGCUAAUCCGAAUUCCGAAAACCCAGAAAUUUUGUGUGUGCUUUUAUUAUCAUAAAGUGAUAUCACCAUUGUUUGUUUGCAGCCACCCUUUAUAAACGUCCAGUUUACUUGGAAUGGAGCUAGCAAGCCACCUGGUAGCAGCUUUUACGUGGGUACAAGCCCUGCAUUUGAAGUGGCGCUUUACACAGCAUGCUUUUUGGUGAGCCAGGUGACUGCACCUGUAAUGUGGACGGAAAGCAGCUUAUGA